AUGUUCGAGUUUGACCAUGUGACUAGAGGCUGGCGGUUGAUAGAGGAGGAGGAGGAGGACAAGGAGGAGGAGGUGGAGGAUAAGGGAGACGAGUUGGAAGCGGCUCUGGUUGCUGGGGAGACGACGGACACAACUGCGACUGCGAAGGCGGAACCGAGUGGGAGGGAUACGGGCAAAAACCAGCCGGUUUCGGACAAGAAGGCGGUUCAGGAGCAGCUCAAAAAGAGGCGCAAAGAGGUAAUUGAGGAGCGACGGAAUGCGAAAAAGGCUCAGCAGAAGGGCGACAAGCCUCCUCAGAAGGCCAUCUAUGUCAGUGGGCUUCCUUCAACUGCUACCAACGAUGAGCUGGUGGACAUUUUCCAAAAGUACGGAGUGUUGGCCGAAGAUGUUUACACUGGCAAGAAGAAGGCUCGGGUUUAUGUCGAUGAGCAGGGCAAGGGCAAGGGCGACGGUCUGGUGGUUUUUUUCAAGCCCGAAAGCGUGAAAUUGGCGGUGGAUAUGCUGCACAAUCAGCCAGUUUACGUUGGCGACACAAUGGUCACUCUGAAUGUCCAGCCGGCAGUUUUCGACAAGGAAAAGGGCAGUAGCGACAAUAAGAAGCAAGAGACGAAUUCCGGUCCCAAUUACUCCGAAGAAGCCAAGGCCAAGGCCAAGAGGAAGUACACUCAAUUGCAGCAAAGGCUCAACGAUUGGGAUGAGGAGGAGGUCAAACGAGUCAAGACGGAGUCUCGUGAAAAGUCGUCCAAGGUGGUCACUCUCAAACGGGUAUUUACCAUUCAGGAGCUCCAGGAUGACGUGGAUGCCGAAAUGGACAUCAAGGAAGAUAUUUAUAACGGUUGUGGAGCUAUCGGAACAGUCACAAACGUGACUUUAUACGACCUGGAGCCCGACGGAGUGGUGACCGUCAAGUUUGAAAGAGCUUCCGAUGCCGCGGAGUGCGUGGAGAAGAUGAACGGUCGCUUCUUUGGUGGCCAGAAACUCGAGGCAUACAUUGAUUAUGACGAGACCAAGUGGAGAAAGACUAAGGAUCGGGGAGGUGAUGAGGAAGAUGAGGAGAGGCUGGAGAGGUUUGGAGAGUGGCUGGAGGGCGAGUAG